AUGACGUCCUCUCCCUACGAAUGCAAAUGGGGCAUCCUCGCCACGGGCUGGAUCGCCGAGAUGUUCACCAAAGACCUGCUCACCGACCCCUCCACACGCUCCGUUUCGGACGUCAAGCACACGGUCGCCGCCGCUGCCUCGUCGACCUCAGCCACACGCGCUUCCGAGUUUCUGGACAAGGUCGGCGUCGCACCCAACACGGCUAAGGCGUACGGCUCGUAUGCCGAGCUCGUCGCGGACCCGAACGUGGACAUCAUCUACGUGGCCACGCCGCACUCGCACCACUACGAGAACACGCUGCAGGCGCUGAAUGCGGGCAAGCACGUGUGCUGCGAGAAGCCGUUUACGAUCAACGCUGCGCAGACGGCGCACUUGGUGCGAGUGGCACGCGAGAAGAAGCUCUUCUUGAUGGAAGCCGUGUGGGUUCGGUUCUUCCCCAUUGUGCUUGAGAUCCAGCGUCUGAUCCACGAGGAGAAGGUGCUGGGCGACAUCAAGCGCGUGUUUAGCGACUUUGGCAACCCGUUCAAGCCGGAUCCGAAGCACCGCCUGUUCAACCCAGAGCUCGGCGGCGGCGCGCUGCUCGACCUGGGCAUCUACGCGCUCACCUGGCAGAUGCUCACCCUGUACGCGGAUCCGCGCAACAAGCGCACCCCGCCCACCGUGACUGGCUCGAUGACCAAAUCCACGCUCACCGGCGUCGACGAGUUCACCACCAUGGUCCUCAACUUCCCCGCCACCAACACGCAGGGCGUCGCGACGACCAACAUGACCAUCCGCUCCGGUCCCACCGUCGUCCUCAUCCAGGGCGACAAGGCGGACCUCACCGUCGCCUGGCCGCCUUACCGCCCCACCUCGUUUACCAUCCACGAAAAGGACGCCGACGGCGCAUACACGGGCAAGCAGGACACCAAGGACUACGACAUUCCCGGACACGGCAUGUUCUGGGAGGCCGACGCCUGCGCCCGAGCCCUGCGCGACGGAAAGACCGAGGAACCGCGCUGCCCUCUGGACGAGUCGACGCUCACCAUGCAGAUCAUGGACAAGGUCCGCGCAGACGGCGGCUGCACAUAUCCGGACCACAUCGAAGCGACCCACCCCGACGCCUAA